GCCGCGCCGGGGUCCUGCCGUCUUGGGUCCGGCUGCGCGCGGAGCGGGCUCCGGAGGGAAAGUCCCGAGACAAAGGGAAGCGCCGCCGUAGCCACCGACCAUCCGGGCAUCUUCCGCCUCGAUCCGGGACACUUGCCGGGGGCCGCGGCCGUGCUGAGAGGGACUUUGAAUAUGUCUGGAAUAGCCCUCAGCAGACUUGCACAGGAGAGGAAAGCUUGGAGAAAAGAUCAUCCUUUUGGCUUUGUAGCAGUACCUACGAAAAAUCCAGAUGGCACAAUGAAUCUCAUGAACUGGGAAUGUGCCAUUCCAGGAAAAAAAGGGACUCCAUGGGAAGGAGGUUUAUUUAAACUACGGAUGCUUUUUAAGGAUGAUUAUCCAUCUUCACCACCAAAAUGUAAAUUUGAACCACCAUUAUUUCAUCCAAAUGUGUAUCCUUCAGGCACAGUGUGCCUGUCCAUCUUAGAAGAAGAUAAAGAUUGGAGGCCAGCAAUCACAAUUAAACAGAUCUUGUUAGGAAUACAAGAACUUCUAAAUGAACCAAAUAUUCAAGACCCAGCUCAAGCAGAGGCUUACACAAUUUACUGCCAAAACAGAGUGGAAUAUGAGAAAAGGGUUCGAGCACAAGCCAAGAAGUUUGCACCCUCAUAAACAUCGAUCUUGUGGCAUCUUAAAAAGGAAGGGAUUGGUUUGGCAAGAACUUGUUUACAAAAUUUUUGCAAAAUCUAAUGUUGCUAUGUACAAUGACUAUUCACUUAGGGGAGGGGGUUGUGUGUGUGCCAUUUUCCAUUUUCGCCACUUGUAUACAGUUCUGAAUUCGCUGAAUUGCCCCCAGUUUUUUCAUACAGGGUCUCUUCCUUCAGUCUUUUGUAUUUUUGAUUGUUAUGUAAAACUUGCUUUUAUUUUAAUAUUGAUGUCAGUAUUUCAACUGCUGUAAAAUUAUAAACUUUUAUACUUCUAUAAAUUCCCUAGUAUCUAGUUUCAUUUGCUCUCUGAUGCAGGCAUGCUUACAAAUGUUUAGAACUCUAUUUAGCCUCUAGCUGGCUGUAUGAAAAAGGAAAUUCAUAAUCUUUCCCUUUCCCUACCCUUAAUUUGUUUUUCUAUCUUUCAGAGACUAGGUUAUAUUGCUUACAAGCCCCAGAGAUCCAAAGUCAGCCAGCAUCUUGUUUCUGCAUCACUUCCUUGUGUUUAUAUGGCGUUUUGUCUGUGUUGCUGUUUAGAGUAAAUAAACUGUUUAUAUAAAGGUUUUUGUUUCAUUAUCUUCUUCAUUAAAAUGAGUGCAAAGAGGAGGCUUCUAGUUUAGACUGUCUUCAAACUAACAUAGCCACCCUUCUGUUGCCUACUCUGUAAAAACCUCUGUGUAUAGACUUUUCUCACUAGCCCUCUAUACUAGGGCCAGCUUGGGAGCAUUCCAAUUGUUUGUUUGGCUUCUUGGUGACCUAGGAAGCCUUGAUUGGCUCUUAGACCUUGUCCUUAUCCUUUUGUAAAUACUGCUAUGUUAAAAAUAUAUAUAUAUCUGUAUGUAUAAGGGUUUUUGUUGUUAUUGUUGGGGUUGAUUUUUUUUUUGUUGUUGUUCUUUUCCUCCCUACCUUUGGGGCUAUUCACUACUGGACAUAUUUUAAACCUGGUUAAUCAGAAUUGGUUUGUACUCUCCCUAACAUCCAACUAAGAGAUUGGUGAGUACAUGGCCCGUUGCUCUGCUGAAAUGCAGAGCUUCAGUGGAUCCAAGAGGCAUUUUGAUAACUAAGUCUAAGUAUUAAAUGCCAGACCAAAACUAAAACCAAACUUAAGAUUUAAAAGAUUUAGAAGACUGGAUAUAAAGCAAUAACUGAGCAAGCCAGUCUGGAAGCUGGGUAUACCUGGCUAGGGACUCAAACCUAGAUUAACCAGAUGAUAAUACACUUGUGCUGUGUAGUUUUACUCACUGGUAACAAAUGAGCUUUCCUCUUACUGAAAAUAGCAUCCUUCUACUCCAAAGAGAUCUGUUGUGUCAGUGGGAUGGAGUUGAUGACUUGGAUACCACUCCCUUUUUAAUAUAUUCGUAAAAGAAUCUCAACUCUUGGAAGUGAGCACCAUAGGGUGGAAAUCACUGCUUUGUUAAAGGAAUGACCUUGUUCUUCAUCUCUGUAGGAAAGAUCUGGGGAGAAAUUAACUCACUAAUAGUGCCCUCUCACAGUAACCAUACUCUUCCUGUUUCUUUGUUUGAAAAUGUAUUGAAUGGCUUUGCAAACAGGUUGGAGGUUUGAUCCUAAGUCACAUGCUUCUGGUAUCGAUGGCUGUCUUAGAAUCACUUGCAUGUUCCUUAUUGCGUGCUCUUGUAGGCAUCUUUUCAGAUUCCCCUAGAGUAGGCUUUUAAACCAUGUAGGUCACAGGCAUUCACUCCAGCUGCACGCUUUGCCUCCAGUGGUUCAGUCCACAAGUGAAAGUCUGCACAUGUGUCCAACACAUAGCUGUGGAGUGCAGACAGAUGCUUUUCCAGCAGGCAGUUAGCUUUCUAUGUAUCUAGGGAAUAACACUUGUAUGCACUUAGUGGUUUCUGUUGCAUGAGAUUCCAAUUGGGCACCUGAAUAAUGUUUCUGGCACAUGCCCUGUAACCCCAGUUGUAUACUGAGAAUGUAGUGAAUCAUAGUCAAUAAGCAUCUAAAAGGCCUUUUCAUUUGGCUCUUAAGCUUCCUGAAAUUGUUUUCUAUUAAAUAAGGUCAUUCUAAUUUUUAAAUUACCUUUAAUUUAUUGGAACAGGAGACUUGCGAGGAAGGGAGGCCCUUUUUUGCCCUCUUCACCUCCCUCAAGCCCAGCUGCAGAGUAUGACUUGGGGAGGUAAGGAUGAGGGAUGGAAGGGAACUGCCAAAGCAGUCUCUGCUCCAGACUUUCAGUAGCUGGUUUGCUGAGCCUUUGUCAGUCAUGAAAAAUGACUCACAGCUAUUCCAUGCACAGAUGUGUGAUGAUUGAAUUAAGGACUGAUAUUUGAGGUGGGCCUUAAAAGAAACAUAACUUGAAGGCAUCUCAGCAGCUUGGAGUCAAGUCUCACUUUAGCUUUGCCUGUCAGAUUCCGCCAGUUUUGGCAAAAAUAUGUAUUGGAAGUAGAUAGGAAUUAAGAGGUGGUAGGGAGCAUCCAGUGUUCAUUAAAAACAAACAAAAAACAUUCCUCCCUGAAAAUGGGAAUGUAGGGAUCUUAGUGUUUUAAGUUUUCAAGAGCAUCAGAUGGUGGAAUUGACUGGACCUUUUAUCAGAGCUGUGAGGAUGGAAAGUAACUGAUUCCAAGUUAGAGCAACCACUUUUAAGAAUUAUGUUAAAUCCAUUGCUCCUUAUGGAAAUAGACCUUUCUUAGAUCAGGGUUCUCACAUUUAAAUAAGCUAGAAACUGAAUCUGGCUCUCUAAACCCUCUGAUCACCAUAAUGAUAUAAAAUUGAGCUGCCUGGUGUCCAUAGUCAAGGGAGUCAUUCAUCUGAAACAUUGUCAGGCUGGCUCCAAAGGGACUAACCAGACCAGUGUCUAACACACAUAAUAUUACUGACUUCCCGUAUGGAGAAUCCAUUCAUUAGGAAAAAUUAAUGGGAAGGAAGAUGCAUGGGUUUCAUGCCUUUUCCAUAAGGAAAAGAUUGCUUCUGCCCCAAAUUAAACAAGAUAAGGUAUGAUAUUUUUAUUUUCAAAAACAAUGGUAGGAGAUUUCCCAUCUCAAAACCCUAGGCUAGAUGCCUUCUAGCAUGUUGUCAUCUAGAACUUGGUUCAAUUCAAGGUUAAUUUUUAAGACUUAGGAUUUUCAUUCACUUCCAACUCCAUUUGAGGUACGAGUGCCUUGUUUGCUUGCUUAAUAUAUUUUGUAUUGUUCACUAGUUCCUCAGUUUGAUAUUUGCAAUUUAUUUAUAAUGCAAAGAAUAUGACAUGGGUAAUUCAGCUGGAUUGUAUAUUUGUAGCCUGCUCCCAGAAUGUCUUAUUUUGUAAUGACUGAACUAAAUCUAGUAAUAGUUAAACAUGUAUAUGGUUAAUAUAUAUGGAAAUACAAUAUAUUUUAUAGUUAAAGUAUUCUAAAGUAAUUGAUGUUUCUAGCAAAUUGUAGUGAUUUAAGGCUAAUGAAAUGUUUCUUUUGUACCACAAUUCUUGACUUAACAAAGAUGUGAAUCUUGUAAUGCGAGGACUAUGAAAUUUGAUCAUCCUGUUUUUAAAUGUAAGGAAAAAGAUUGUGUUCCCAGCAUGAGAAUCCUAUAGUAAGGAAUUGUGGGAAAUAGGUAACCACUGUAUCUGAGAAUCCUCUCAUUAAAAAAUUUCCAUAAAAUUGA